GUGCGAAAUUGUAUACAUUAAAAAGUGCUUCAUUAUUUAUUGAGAUUUUUAGUCCUUGCUUUGCCUGGGUAUGUACGAACAUCGAGACGGCAUCGCGGCAGUUGCCAGUAAGUCAGAUACUUGCAAUCUUAAGACAACUUUGGCCCUACAUCCCCAAACCACAAGUCUUAGAAUGGCUUGAGAGGAGAUUUUGCCUUACUAGGCUGAAGAGCUAAGUGUGGCAUGAGGCAGCAGGAAGACUUUUCACUAACACACAGCUACCACUGUGCUUUUAACCGUAUUUAUCUUAAGUACCACUGUGCUUUUAACCGCAUUUAUCUUAUGUAGUCAUCAGACACUGUGUAAUUAUUAUAAUAGUCACAUUCCUAGCCUCCAACCAGUCACUAUUUCUUAAUUUCACCUGUGUGUGUGACCGUGAGCAGCAUUCAUAUUGUCGGAGUUCCUAAGGGAGAUUAUGCCAGCCAGGGAGGUGGGGUUGGCAUUCCUCCCAGGUCUACAUGAAGCCGCUGCCUCUUAUACCCUUCAGUACCUUCUCAGUUCUCACGCUUUAUGGGCUCUUGCCGAUAUAAGCUUAAUCUAAACCAACCAGUAACUAUGAACAUGGACAUACGGUAUAUAAAUGCAUUCCUCGCUGGUCAGGUAGGCCUAGAAUUACCCUGUCAGAGACAUGGCAAGAAUACAGUUUUGGAAAGUUAAGUAAAAGGUCUUACCAUAAGAAUACCUGAAAUCUAGCUUUGCAAGGGAAAUCUAGUAUUUCUGUUAUGAUUGAAUGUAUGUUUGAACAUGCCGACGUGAAGACUUAAUCCAAAUCCUAAACGGUUUGGUUCCUAAAUACAUCAGGACUAGUCUAAAGAUCUUACUAAACGAAAAACAGUCUAGCUGCACAGGGUACAAACGAUCCCUUGCAUAGCACAGGUCCAUGCUAAUAUGCGAGCGGAAUGAAAAGGCGGAAGGUUCAAUGAAAGAUUCACUUGAACGUGAAGAAAAAAUAAAUUCAUCAAUGAAAGGAAAAUGUCCUUGAGUCUAUCUCCAACCGAGAAAACUCAAGCCCAAGACUGUGGAAAGAUCAGGGUGACGAAGGUCACCGUUGAGUGAGAGGCAGCUGGACCGGUGCACUGAGAACCCAGCUUACCUGAACAAGACGCCCCAGAUAAAAGAUGUGUAUGUUAGCAGGAGUGUGGGACAGAGAGGAGGAGAACAGCCACCGAAAUUUGUCGUCCUGCCUGAGGUCCGUCAUCGGGAGAAUUUGGCAGCUGAUCGUGACUAUUCUUCAGCAGUUCGUGUGCUGUCCUAACUAUGGCGAGGAGUACGUGCCGCGCAGGGAGGAACCCAGGGCCUUUGCGAAGCCGGAGGCGAGGUUGCUGGUCGUCGGAGCGUCCGACACGGGCAAGUCUACCUUCAUGAGACAAAUGAGGCUGGAGUUUGGCGACCAGUAUCCCGUACAGGAAAGGAGAAGACACCAACCCCACAUUCGCCGUAAUGUGAUGGACAGUAUCCACAAGCUGGUAAGUGCAGCUGCCCAAUACGAAUACUCCUACUCCACUCCAGAGGUCGAAAGCAUCGCCAUGAAGUUCGCCGAAUGGCCGCCCCUGGAGGAUCUUCUCGAAGCCCCCGACCUCGACCCCUCUUGGUCGGAUUCCAUAGAAAGCCUAUGGAAGGACCCCGCCAUACAGGCGGCCUACCAGAGACGCAACGAAUUCCAUCUGAUGACGAAUGCCGACUACUUCAUCGCCCACGCCCCGAGGAUCUUGCAAGAGGACUACGUCCCCACCAUCGACGACAUCCUGCGCAUGCGCAUCGUGACGCGGGGCGCCGUCACGAAGACCUACGAGCUCACCAACAUCAGGAUGACCUUGCAUGACAUGGGAGGUCAGCGGCCCGAGAGAAUAGCCUGGGUCAACCAGCUGGAUUAUCCGUCGGCCAUUCUGUUCGUGGCGUCCUUGUCCGAGUACGACCAGACUGUGGAGGAAGCCGAAGAGUCUAAGAACCGCGUUCAGGAGAGCCUGGACAUCUACGAGCAGCUGCUGGGGUACUCGCCUUUCGACACGACGCCCGUCAUCCUCCUCCUCAACAAGAGUGACGUCUUCAGCGUCAAGAUCAAGGAGCAGCCCCUCAAGAAGUACUUCCCGGAGUAUGAGGGUCCCGAUGGAGACGAAGCCAGCGGCAGAGACUACAUCACCAGCCUGUACGUGGACCUGACGAAGAAGUACAAGAAGAACCUCCUCGUCAGGUACACGGAGGCCACCAAUAGGGACAACUUCAGGGCCAUCUUCGCCUUCGUCAGCAACUACGUGUCUCGGACUAUCAUGGGAUUAGGGGGGCUGUACUGAAAAUGGUUGUGUAUAAAUCAGAAUAGUACUUAAAUUAAUUAAAUAAAAUUUAUACUAACA